AUGGCGAAUGGGAGGAAUUAUGGGAAGAGCCCCUUUCGAGCUGAUGAAUCUGAAAAGAAGGACGCUGAAGAUGAGGAGAACAUAUUUCCUUUCUUCUCCGACCGUUCCAAAUACGACACACGUGCCAUGGUCUCAGCCUUGACUCAAGUCAUUGGAAACCAAAGCAACACUCAUGAUAAUAAUUAUCAACAUCACCCUGAUGAGUAUAACCAACAAGAUCCUACACACCCUGUUCCUCCUAAUCAAGACCAAGGAAACCUAAGGAAGAGACAUUAUAGAGGGGUAAGGCAACGACCAUGGGGAAAAUGGGCUGCUGAAAUCCGGGAUCCACAAAAGGCAGCACGCGUGUGGCUCGGGACAUUUGAGACAGCUGAAGCUGCGGCCAUAGCUUAUGAUGAAGCAGCUCUUAAGUUCAAAGGAAGCAAAGCCAAACUUAACUUCCCUGAGAGAGCUGAACUAGCAAGUAACAGUACUCGUACUAUUACCGGUCUACCAGACUAUUACUCUUCUAAUAAUCAAGCAUACUAUUCAAAUCCACAAACCAUACCAUAUGAUAACCAAUACUACUAUAACCAAUUUCCUCAGCAAGGGGGAAAUAGUAACGAUGCAUUAAGCUAUAGUAUGGCCGGUGGAGAAACCGGAGGCUUAAUGUAUAAUCAUCAGACAUUAUCUACUACAACUUCUUCAUCUGCUGGUGGAUCUUCAACGCAACAGGAUGAUUACACCAGAUAUUUGCAUUUUGGAGACUUUUCUCCUAACUCUGGUUUUUGAGAUCAUCAUAUAAAUAAGGGAUUUCAGGUGCCUUUGUUAUGAGAUCAUAUGUUCCUUGGUUUUUUUCUUUUUUUUUUUUGUAUUUUUCACUAUGCUUGUGUUGUUUGUGAUAAUUUUUUUUAUUUCUUAUUUCAAGAGUUUUCAGGUUCUUUGUUACCAACCCUUGGACUUGGGUUUAC